UAUUAUCCGUUCAUAAAUUAAUACCCCUAAUUUUUUCCCUCUCCUAAAAAUUAAUAACUAAUUAAUUCAAGAAACAAACGAAAAAGAUCUGUCUUCUCCUCUGCCAUCCUAGUUCAGGAAUGAGAAGGUUGCCGCGCCUUCUCCUCCGCGGUGCAUGAGCUUCCUCCGCUGCCACUAUGCCGGCCACGCGUCCUUCCUCCGAUCUGAUUCUCCACCGCCUCGCCUCCUCCGAUUGCGAAAUCAAACUCAAAGCCAUUCGAGAGGUAAAGAACCAGAUCAUCGGCAACCGCACCAAAAAACUCUCCUACAUCAAGCUCGGCGCCGUUCCCGUCCUCGCUGCUGUUCUCGCCGGCGCUGAUGCUGAUUCCACUCCCGAAUCCAGCCUCAUCGUCCAGUCCGCUGCAGCGCUUGGCAGCUUCGCCUGCGGCGUCGACGCCGGCGUCCGAGCCGUUCUCGACGCCGGAGCUUUCCCUCAUUUAAUCCGGCUCCUCUCUGCCGCUGACGACAAGGUUGUGGAUGCUGCUGCUCGCUCUUUAAGAAUGAUUUAUCAAUCAAAACUAGCUCCGAAGUAUGAUUUUUAUAAAGAACAAGACAUGGGAUUUCUUCUUUCACUACUGAAAAGUGGCAAUGAAAAUCUUACUGGACUAGGUGCAAGCAUUGUUAUUCAUUCUUGUGAGACAAGUGAUGAACAAAAUAUAUUAUGCCGUGCUGGUGCUUUAGAAAAACUUAUUAGUCUUCUUGAUGGUUCUCUAAGCCAACGAGAUUCUAGUUUAGAGUCCAUUGCCGCAAUUCUUAAAAACAAUCCAGAAGUUGUCUCUAAAUUUGUGGACCUUCAAAAUCGAAGAGCUUUGAGUUCAAUAAUUGAAUUAACCAAGGACAGAUAUUCUCAGACAAGGUUAUUAGCAACCUUGUGCCUGAUUUGUGUAAAGAAUUCAUCUUCUUGCUAUCUACAAGACACAGGAAUUGAAACCAAAUUGAUAAAUAUUUUACUUGAGCUCUUGGAUGAUUCCGGUAAAGUUGGAGACAAUGCUUGCUUUGCCUUUUCUAGUUUAGUUGCUGAAAAAGAAGAUGCGCAGAAAUUAGCAUUUGAGGCAAAUGCUAUUGAUAAGUUCAACAAUCACCUGCAAAAUUGUGCUUUACAUCCCGAACGUCUUGAAGGAAUAUUUCUAGCCUUAGCUGCUCUUUGCUCAAAAUUGGAGUGUUGCCGGUCUAAGUUUCUGUCAUUGCAGGUCUUGAAUAUAUUAGUUGAUGCCCUAACCUAUGAUGAUGCCAAUGUUCGCACUGCAGCUUGCAUUUGCUUAAAAAAUGUCUCACGCUCAAUCAAGAAUUUGAGUGCAGGUUAUUUCACCAGUGAAAGGAUUAUCACUACUUUGGUUCGGCUUCUAUCUGAUCGUUCUACUUCUGUCCAAGUUGCGGCUCUUGGUGCUAUUAGCAACCUAGUGAUCGACUUUACACCACAGAAGUCAAGAUUCAUAAAAUGUGGAGGUAUUAAGGAGCUUGUCCAAUUGACUAAGUCUAUGGAUUCAUCUUUACGGUUAAAUGCUGUAUGGGCCUUGAGGAACAUGGUAUUUCUUGCGGACAAAAAGUGUAAGGAAAAAGUUUUCAUGGAGUUGACAGCGUUUUCUGUAGCUAGCCUUAUCUGUGAUCCGGAGCCUUCUGUUCAAGAACAAGCUCUGGCCCUUGUUCGCAAUUUGGUUGAUGGAUGUAUUGAUUGUGUUGAAUAUGCUUUUGCUGAAGAUGGUAUCAUACUGGGUGCUGUUGGAAGGCAAUUGCAAAAAUCUUCAAAAAUUGAAAUUGGGAUACAGGGGAUGUACUUACUCAGCAAUAUUGCAUGUGGAAAUGAGUCUCAUAAAGAAGCCGUCAUGCAGCUACUCUUUUCAAAAGCUGAAAACGGGUCUCACUCUUUCUUUAGCCAGUUUUUGCUGAGCAAUGACAGUCGUUUACGCCCAUCUGCCCUUUGGGUCAUAGUAAAUCUCACAUUUCCUUCAAGUCCUGGUGCAUUUGGUAGGAUUGUAAAACUGCGUAGUGUUGGAAUUGUUUCUCAAAUCAAGAAGAUGGUUAAUGAUCCUUGCAUGGAUGUGAAGCUUCGUGCAAGACAGGCACUUGGGCAGAUUAUCACUUAUGGUGAUGAUUAAUUGUAAUCAGUUACUCCAUUCAAAUCCCUUGAGCUACAGGCAAAGAGAAAUCUCGACAGAACUCAUGUAAGGUUGUAUCGAGUCUUGUGCUUCAGCACCAAGUAUGGUACGUAUGAGUGGAUGUGUAUAAAAUUACUCGUAUUAUUUUGAACCAGUCAGAGCAGUGUGAAAGUUUUUGAAUUUUGUGAGCACUCCUGACCAGGUUACACCAAAGGCUCUCUUGCUCACACUAUGUAUCAUCUUUUGUAAGUCGGAGGAUCAAAGUAGAUUUACAGGCUUCAGUCUUGUACUAUAUGAGUAGUAAAUGUCAGUUUUAGAAUUUAGUUUCGAUUUCAUUCUGAUUCUUCUGGAACACUGACGAAUGGGUGAAUUGUAUGUUUAAGCAAAAUGUGAAGGGGGUGAUGAUCGAAAUUUAUCUUUCCGUGUGUCGUAAAAAUUAUUUUCUGGGUCAUCCGAUUACUCCUGUUUCUUUUGGAGGGGGUAAAAGCCUAUGACCAGUUUUUCUAA